AUGUGGUCCUCUCUAUCGACGUUGCUCGCGCUGCCUAUCCUGGCCCUCGUCUCUAUCCCACUCAUUCUCUCAGCAUGGGUUACAAUCUCCGCUGCGCUUUUUGCACUGUUAGUCAGACUAGUAGUAGUCUAUGUUGAGGUAGUCUACGGAUUGGUUGUGCAUUUCUUCUCAGUGCCAACCUCACCUACCUCAUCAUUAUUGACAUUCGCGCCCUCAGAACCUACAACCCCAGCUGCUGGUAGAUCAAGAAGGAACUCCAGCCAGAAUGCGAAUCCGAGAAAGGCAAAUGAUCUUCUCACUUCUUGGGCCAUUGGUACCAGUCUGGAUGAUCCAGCAAGCCACCAAAGGAACUCUUAUGCGCGGAGCAUGAUCGAGGCCCACAACUUAUCUGCCCCAACAUCCAUUUAUGGCCUGCCAAUAAGCGGCGAUGAAAGGCGAGACUUCGAAGGCGUAGGUGGAUGGCGCUCGUAUGGGGCAUCCAGACCGCGCAGCUCGCACACUCCACACGAGAAAGCCACAAGCUCGGUCUCGUCGUCUUCGACACAUAGCACCCUCGAUGUCGAUCCAGACGCAGACGAGCGAGCCUGGCUUUCUCUAAACAAUCGCCUCGAACUCCCCUCACACCUCGUCACACUAUGCACAAGUGUACACGCAGGAGGCAACAUAAACAGCCCCACGCAGCACGAAAGCGCCGACUGCCGCAAUGACCGAAGCAAUUUCCAAUCGCUGACAGGAGCAACAGCCUCACAGGGCAUGUACCCCGAAAAGCAAAAAGAUGGGACAAGACACCACCAUCGCUCGCUCACGACUUCCUCGCUAACGACCUCUGACCGGCGCACGGGUACCGGGCUCUCCCUGGCGCUGUCAACGCCUGAUAACGCAGCUGUUCAUUCGAGCGAGUACAGCCAAUCGAUAUUAUCGUCAACGGCACGACUUGCGGCCCAGUUCAUGAUGCCGCAGCCACAUUCGCGGCUGGAUUCAAACUCGCAUUCCCAGUCGCGGGCUGUCCCGCGUGGUUUCCCUAGUGGAGCACCGUUCACAAGCUCAUAUCUCUCUGGCUCUGGGGAUGCGAUGGGCCACAACUUCGGGAGCAAUGGUAGUGGCGGGAGCUUUGCUAAUGGAGGUGGGGGUGGGUAUUUUUCUUUGAGACGGCCUGGAUCUUCUGGUAGUCAAAUUCUCUCUGGAAGAGUUAGCCCCGGUACUAGUGGGUAUACUACCCCUGGGGUUGGUCUGUCGAGUGAAGAGCGUGAUGCUUCAUCGGUGGGACUAGCGCGCUUGAUGGCACAUUACCCUACUAGCCCUAGACAUCGGAGGCAAAGUAUCUCUGGAUCGAAUUCGAGAGGGUUGGCUGCUGGGGAUCGAGCUGGAUGA